AUGUCGCGCACAUCGAUCAUCUUGGUCCUCGCCAUCUUUGUCGCCAUCGCGGCUAUCGCUCAAUGCCGGAACAUCCAAUACGAUGUUGACGAGAUCUCCCCAGAAGCCGCCUUCCGUUAUGCCCAAUGGGGAGAGAUUCCACACAAGCGUGUGCCAUCGGCUGGUGAUAUGAUGGUUCGAUUCGGAAAACGAAGCGUCUAG